AUGCUCGUUAUGAUGAAGUUCCUUGCCCCCGUUUUUCUAGGCGGAUGCGUCUAUGCCACCGGAGUUUCUGCAGAAGAAACUGCAGUGCCCAAGGAGGCAGCCUCUCUUGAGGAUAUAGCCAAUGGGGUCAAGACUACCUUGAACUUUGCCGGAAAGUACACCCAAAGCUGCUUCUCCGUGCCUAACUCCCUUUGUUUCGCCGGGACGGAACAAGUCAUGACUGGGAACUCCGUCCCAGAAGGUCUUGGAGCCUGGCUGACAUUCGACCACCUUUAUUCCGCAGACCAAAGCGGGAACGGAAACCACAUGCACAGGACUCCACGGGCGGGCCCACCGCACAAUGGACGCGGCGCCAGCGCUGCAUUUGUAAAGGGUGCAAGCAGCAAAAUCAAGUCGAGCCCGUCACUGGAGUCCCAAGACUUCACCAUGAGCGAGAUGUCGCAGACGCCCUCUCUCCUACUCUACCCAGAUAGUCGCCGCCUUUCCGUUCGUGUAACAACUGAAGACAGUGGCUCCGAGGGAAUGGCCUCCACGGGAAGCCUUCCAAUGAGACGCUGGACUCACGUUGCAGUUUCCGCCAGUGAAAACAGGCUGAAGUUGUUUCUGAAUGGCAUGAAGGACAGCGAAGUGGUGAGUGAAGCCAGUGUGAUCACGAUUGGCAGCACGUGUCCUACGCGUGAAUUACAGUUCCUCCGGGGAAAAGUCCUCCCAAAUACCGAAGAUAUUGUCGUUGGAGCCUCCAUUGAGAACCCUGGGUUUGAGGACAAUGAGAUCUCUGCUAUGACUCUGCCUGCCUUGACUGGCUGUGAUUCUUGCGGAUAUGAUUUCGCCGUGAACUCCAACAUGUGUGGCGAGCCCGCGGCUCACCUUUGCUCGCUCCAAGAAUUAUAUCAAGGAGGCAUUCAUGCGGCACGCAUCAACGGGCUACUGAACUCCAAGACGGAGAUGUGGCACAGCGACAUGACCGCCGGCGAAAUGGCUCUGAACGAGCGCAGAUUGGCACUAUGUUGUGCAUCCCGAGGCGCGGAAAGCGCGUAG